GGCCCCGCCCUGGAUCAUGUGAUCUCCCGCGGCCCCGCCUCGCGCCGGAAGUUCCGGUGGCGGAUUGCCUGACCGGGCCGAGCGGGUCGCUCCGCGGGCUGCGGGCGCAAGGCGGCCGGGUACGGACCCUGGGAACAGAGCCCGGCCGUGCCGCGCGGGGCCAUGAAGGGCAAGGAGGAGAAGGAGGGUAGCACGCGGAUGGGUGCUGGCGGCGGCAGCCCAGAGAAGAGCCCGAGUGCGCAGGAGCUCAAGGAACAGGGCAACCGGCUCUUCGUGGGCCGCAAGUAUCCGGAGGCGGCGGCCUGCUAUGGCCGCGCCAUCACCCGGAAUCCCUUGGUGGCAGUAUACUACACCAACCGUGCUCUGUGCUACCUGAAGAUGCAGCAACCUGAGCAAGCGCUGGCUGAUUGUCGGCGGGCCUUGGAACUGGACGGACAGUCUGUGAAGGCGCACUUCUUCCUGGGGCAGUGCCAGCUAGAGAUGGAGAAUUACGAUGAGGCUAUUGCCAAUCUGCAGCGAGCCUACAGCCUGGCCAAAGAGCAGCGGCUUAACUUUGGGGAUGAUAUCCCUAGUGCUCUGCGCAUUGCCAAGAAGAAGCGCUGGAACAGCAUCGAAGAGCGGCGCAUCCACCAGGAGAGUGAGCUGCACUCUUACCUCACUCGGCUCAUCACUGCUGAGCGUGAGAGGGAGCUGGAAGAGUGUCAGCGAAAUCAUGAGGGUGACGAGGAUGAUGGCCAUGUCCGAGCCCAGCAGGCCUGCAUUGAGGCCAAGCACGACAAAUACAUGGCGGACAUGGAUGAGCUCUUCUCUCAGGUAGAUGAAAAGAGAAAGAAGCGAGAUAUCCCUGACUAUCUGUGUGGCAAGAUCAGUUUUGAGCUGAUGAGGGAACCCUGUAUCACACCAAGUGGCAUCACCUAUGACCGCAAGGACAUUGAGGAGCACCUGCAGCGUGUGGGGCACUUCGACCCUGUGACCCGGAGCCCCUUGACCCAGGAACAGCUCAUUCCCAACCUGGCCAUGAAGGAGGUCAUUGAUGCAUUCAUCUCUGAGAACGGCUGGGUAGAGGACUACUGAGGCCCAUUGUUCCGCCUUGCCUGAUACCCUGGCUCAGGAGGGUCCUGAGGCCCAGGUUCUUGUAUAUAAUUUGUGUUGAUGUGCCUGCCCCUGUCAGUUCUGCUGGUGGGCUCUGGACUGCCUUUGCUGGGCUGUGAGCCUCUUCAUCAUCUUUCUGGGCUGGAAAAACAGAUGGACGUGGGUUGGGUUGAAGUUGCCACUCCUGCCACUCACUGUUCCUGUAAUAAAAUUUGUGACCAGUAUAUGGGGACAUCC